ACAAGGACGAUGGUUAGGUGCUAUGUCCGAGAAAUCCUCAAACGUAAAGGACGGGAAACAGCCAAUGCUGGACAAGGUCCGUCGGAUAAAUGGUUUAGGGCAUUCAUGAAGCGUAAUCCGAUGCUUUCUGAAAGAACGCCUGAAAAUCUUGAUAAAUCAAGAGCACGGAUGUCAAGCCAAAAAACCAUGGAUGGUUGGUUCAGCCUUCUGGAAUCAAUUCUAGACGAAAAUGACUUGAAAAAUAAAGAGUCACAGAUUUUCAAUGUUGAUGAAACUGGGUGGUCGGGGAAAGAACGGUCGCGGACAAAAGUGCUCGGGCCAAAACAGGGACACGUUUUCGCAAAUAAAAACAUCAGAAAUGACCACGUCACGGCGAAUCUCUGUAUAUGCGGAGAUGGAAAAAUACUGCCGCCAAUGAUCAUUUAUAAAGAAUCCUACCCGCAUCGAAAUUUCACUGAAGGUAUUCCAGACUCGUGGAUUUUCGGUACAUCUAUGUCUGGGUAUAUGGACGGGGAACUUUUUUCUGUCGUGGUUUAA